CUUUUGGGCCUUACUCACUGUUUUGUAUAUGGACUUUCAUGACCUCGUGUCAACCGAAUUUUGGGCCUGGAUCAUUGUUCUGUAUAUGGACUUUCAUGACCCUACAGAAUUCAUGCUUGAAUCUGGGCCCUUUUAUGAAACCUUAAAAAGCGGCAGAUCCGAAAGCUUUUCUUCCUAAUCUCUGUGUUCUCCGGCGACCGAACUCCGCCGUCAACUUACCGUCCAGUAGCCCUCCGGCCAUUUCUCCGCCUCCCUAUUUAGAAGAGCUGCAAAAGAGAAGGAAAAGAUGAAUGCCCCCGAUCGUUAUGAGAGAUUUGUCGUCCCUGAGGGUGUCUCUAAGGUAUCGUAUGAGAGGGACACGAAGAUUAUCAAUGCAGCUUCCUUCACAAUCGAGCGAGAGGAUCACACUAUCGGCAACAUACUUCGCAUGCAACUACACAGGGAUGAGAAUGUACUUUUUGCUGGAUACAAGUUGCCUCACCCACUUCAGUACAAGAUACUCUUACGGAUCCACACGACAAGCCAGUCUUCUCCAAUGCAGGCGUAUAAUCAGGCAAUCAAUGAUCUGGAUAAGGAACUUGAUCAUCUGAAGAAUGAAUUUGAGAUUCUUUUGAGUAUAAAGCCUUCUCAGUGA